AGGCGGCGGAGCUGAAGGAGUCAGAGUGUGUCACCACCUUUGCCCACCAGACUGUGGAAUAUGAAAUUGCCCCUGGCUGGAAUAUAGGUCUUAGCUGGCUGAAGGGGCCUCGGAGUCCUGCCUCCUUCCUUCCCCGUGCUGGGAACAGUAAGGCAUUUGGGAACCGGCACCUUUUUGGCAGCCAGCCACAGCAAGGACAUAAUUCCCUGGAGUAAUACUUGCCCAUAAUCUUUCCAGCAGUGCCCCCAUCCAAGUUUUUGAUACGGCUUCAUGGCGUGAUCUUUCUCCCUCCCCUAAAACUCGAACCCAACUACGACGGGAGCCCUAUCAAGUAGCAAAACAUUAACGAUAUUAGUGGAGAAAUUGGAUCCGGUGAUUGGGUGACUUGGGACCAUGCAGAAGUCGAGCUCUGGCAGUCCUGCAAUUUGGGGAUGUAGUUUAGCAAACGGUAAAGCUGAGCACGACCCAGGCCGAAGCGUCUAAUCCUUUCUGCUCUGUUUGCUCUGCGGAUAAACCCCGGCAGAGGAGUCCUGGGUUCAGACUAGGUGUAGCUUAGCGCGCAGGUCCACGUCUCUGGGGUUUGGCCCCCCCCGGGCGCCAGCCCUUUCGGUGGAGCUUGGUGUGAUAUGGGGCUUCUCCAGUUUAGUUUUGAAUCUCUUGUUCCCUUUCCCUCUUGUUCCCUCUCCCCUAACCCCCUUUCUGGUUUCCUCACCAGGAGUUUGUUUAAGCUUUUUACCAUCUGUGUCUCAUUCUACAAGCAAGGCGAGCUAGUUGAAAAUGAAAUGAUUUCUCCUUAUAAAGCCCGUACUUGGCUUAAGACGCUUUCCUUUAUUUAAAAGACCAGACGGUGGGUCCCCUGGAAAGAGAAGAGGUUUGUGGACGUGCCUUGUUCAACAGCGGCACGAUCGGACUCGAGCUUGCUGCGGAUCCAGCCGCUCCCCAGGCCUCAGGUGCCCUCUGAGAGCUCUCGAUUGCCUUCUCUUAUGGCAACAAAGAGAGUUUUUUCCGCUGCUUUGAUACUCUGAGCAGUAAUCGGAGAGGCUCCGGGUGUAGAUAAGAGUCCACAGCUGCUGCAGCGGUGGUGACACAGCCAUCCUAUGUCACGGGUGUGAGUGUUUUUUAACGAUAAAUGUGAAUCUCGUGCUGGUGAGCCAUGCUACACUAAUCUCCUGCCGGUUGAAGGACUCUGGAGGAUUUGUAGGCGGAAUGGAUGUGGGAAGAGGUCGGUUCCUUCGCAGUGAUUGUGGCAGAAGGGGAGGGGAGUUGCAUAUGGUUAUGAGCUUUAGGGUAUCAGAGUUACAAGUUCUCUUGGGCUUUGCUGGAAGGAACAAAAGUGGAAGGAAGCACGAACUUCUCACCAAGGCGUUACAGCUGCUGAAAUCUGGCUGCAGCCCGGCUGUCCAGAUGAAAAUUAAAGAACUGUACCGGCGGCGGUUCCCAAGGAAGAUCUUAACCCCUUCGGACUUGUCAAUGCUCCACAUUCAGGCAGGACAGCUGCCCUCGGCCACCGCGCUGACGCAGGGCACGGUGUGUCACCUGCCCUAUGACCACAGCUCCACCGCUGCCGCCGUGCCAGCGGCUCUGCUGCCUCCCGUGCCCGUCCUGGGGCCCAAGCAUGAGACGGACGUUCAGCAUUUAUCACCACCCAUCCAUCCUGUCCAUCCUGAUGUCAAGAUGAAGAGGCUGCCCUUCUACGACGUUUAUGAUGAGUUGAUAAAACCCACCACGUUAGCCUCAACGAACAGUCAGCGGUUUGAAGAAGCUCACUUCACCUUUGCUCUAACCCCCCAGCAAGUUCAGCAGAUCCUCACCUCCCGAGAUAUCUUACCGGGCGCCAAAUGUGAUUACACUAUACAGGUGCAAUUAAGGUUUUGCUUGUGUGAAACCAGCUGUCCCCAAGAAGAUUACUUCCCUCCUAAUUUAUUUGUCAAGGUCAAUGGAAAACUCUGUCCCCUGCCUGGUUAUCUCCCGCCCACAAAGAACGGCGCAGAGCCGAAACGACCCAGCCGCCCCGUCAACAUCACUCCGUUGGCGCGGCUUUCAGCCACCGUCCCGAACACGAUCGUCGUGAACUGGUCCUCGGAGUUUGGCAGGAACUACUCCCUGUCGGUGUACCUGGUGAAGCAGCUGACGUCGGUAACACUGCUACAGAAACUGAGAGCCAAGGGCAUCCGAAAUCCGGACCAUUCCCGAGCCCUGAUCAAAGAAAAACUAACAGCUGAUCCCGACAGCGAGAUAGCUACAACGAGCUUACGCGUUUCCCUGAUGUGUCCACUGGGGAAGAUGAGGCUGAUUGUGCCCUGCCGAGCCAUCACGUGCACCCACCUCCAGUGCUUCGACGCAGCGCUCUACCUUCAAAUGAAUGAGAAGAAACCCACGUGGACUUGUCCCGUGUGUGACAAGAAAGCCCCGUACGACAGCCUGAUAAUCGACGGGUUGUUCAUGGAGAUCCUGAACUCCUGCACCGACUGCGAUGAGAUCCAGUUCAUGGAGGACGGCUCCUGGUGUCCCAUGAAGCCCAAGAAGGAGAGCCAGGAGGUGUGCCAGACGGCUGCGUUCAGUGGGAUCGAGGCCGCCUCCCUCUACACCGUCAGCUCCGAGGGCAGGAGCUCGUCAGAGGGCAAAAAACCGGUGGAGGUUAUUGAUCUCACCCUGGACAGCUCGUCGGAUGAGGAGGAGCCGCCUGCCAAGAAGCCGUGCCCGCUCCCCAGCGUGGCUCUGCCGCCCGCGGCCAGGCCCAAGGGGGUGUUAAGUGUCGACCACCCGCCAGCUUCCGUCCUUCGGAGUCCUCCCACGGCAGCUCUCGGCAGCGAGUAUCUCUCCAGCCUCCCCAUUCCCGACUACCAUCCUUCCUACCAGGUGCCCUCAGAGCUUCAAGGUCUGGAUUUGUUUUCCUUCCUCCAAAGUGAAAAUCAGCACUACAGCCCUUCCGUGAUCACCUCCCUGGAUGAGCAGGAUGCGCUCGGCCAUUUCUUCCAGUACAGAGGCACGUCUGGCCACUUCAUAAACAUGAGCCCCCUGGCCCCCGUGAUGGCAGGCUCCCACGGCGCGGUCAGCCCGGCCGGCGGCCGCAUCAGCAGCAUCGUCUCCACCAGCGCGCUGCGGGAGAGCCACGGGCACAACGGGACGAUAAGUAGCAGCGCGGCGCUCCCGGGCUGCAGGCCAGACAUCAUUUCCCUGGACUGAGGCCACGCCGGUGGCUGUUCCUCCCUCUGCCAGGGCGGGAGCCCAGGGCGCUUUUCCAGCCUUCGGGAAUGGUUCCCUGUCCGGGGCUGGAAGGAUCCGACCAGGAACCCUUCGGGUGACCCCCCCCCCCCCCCCCCCGCCGCUGUCACCAGUGCCCCCAGGCCUUGUGCCGGCGGUUUCCAGUCCUUCCGCGGUAGGAAGGAUGCGUCCCACGGCCGUAGCUGUGCGCACAGCACGCUCCCGAGCUCCGUGGGAUGUCGGCUGGCGAGCGCCCGUCUCCGAGGGUCAGCCAAACCCCCUGACUUUUAAAGAAGUAUUUUUAAACUAUUUGUUAGGGUUCUGCUCCAGCGGUCAAAGAGCUGAGGAGGAGAAUUCUGCCGCAGGAGCAGCUCCCGCUUCCCCAGGGCAGCCCGUCCUGCACUUGCACCCCCCCCGCCCCCCCUGGGGCCCCUGAGCGAGGCUGGCGCUGCCUCCCGAGCCCCGACUGGAAAUUAUUCCUCAUUUUUAAUGGGAGGCGGCAGCAGGGGGAUGAGCAGGGACGAGCAACCCGGGAGGGAGGCGCGGCGGCUGCCCUGACCACGCUGCUGCCUCCCUCCCACCCAUCUUUUUAGUGCUGUCACAGUUGUAAUUACAGUGUAUUUAAAGGAAAAAAAAAAAAAACAACCCCAAACUAAUUUUUCCCCCUUUUAAAUAUUCCCAGCCAGACCUGUACAGAGAACAAAUAGAUGAUCUAUAUUUUCAGUUGCAGCUUUUGUACAUACAAAACUCCAAAGAGCUCCCCAUUCCUGUACCUACGCGAGGACUAAAUGAAGGUUGCGUCCAGAGGUGACGACGCAUCAUCCGCUGCACAAAUUAUUUAUGUAUUUAAAUGUAUAUCUUAGUUUGUAACCUCUACAGCGAUAUACCCACUGCUUGGGCUUGCUCCCGUGGCCGACCUCGUCUCUCAAUUCUGGUGGUGCAGCGCGAGGUAUCACAUGUAGCAUUUUUUUUUUAGCACUUUUUUUUUUUUUUUUUUUUUUUAAUAACUGCUCCUUCCCUGGAAUUCAAUGCGGUGCCCGGGCCGGGGGAGCAGCGCACAGCAUCCUGCUUGGACGAUUUAUUUCUUGUAUCGUACGCGCGGUGAGUAUUUCAAUGCAAUAAAAGUGUUAAAUCCUU